GAUCUGAAAUUUCGAGUACCCAAAGUCCGGUACGAGUACCCGACUCAUGCUUACCCCUAAUUAGUAUAACAUAUAAAAGCUUAUUACAAAUUCCGAUUUCCUAAUGAUUAUUUUUCUUACUUUAUUUAAACAAAAAAAUUAUAAAUAAAAAAAAACAAAAAAAAAACAUGUAAUCAUUACUUAGCAAAUCACUAAGAAACGCAACAAAAGAUAAAUUUGAUUUGUCACGUCUCUCCUAGUCCCACAUUUGACAAUUCCCCUGAAUAAAAAUAACUGUUGAACUCUCACCGCCGGCGAUUCACACAGAGGAGAGAGAAAACUGUCACAUUUUAACAACAACAAAAAAAAUGUCGUUUUUCUUCAAACCUCGCUCUAAAACACCGCAAGAGGUUCUCAGGUCUACCAAAGACAGCCUCUUGGCCCUUGACACUCCCACCGUUGUCGAAGUUAAAGCUCUUGAAAAGGCUUUAGAAGAAGUAGGAAGAAACUUGUCAACGAUGAGGCUGAUGCUUUGUGGAGAUAGCGAAUCUGAGCCAAACACAGAUCAGAUUCUGCAGCUUACUGUUGAAAUAUGUAACGAAGAUGUUAUCCCUCUUCUAGUUCACAAGUUACAUGUGUUUGGUUGGCAAGCGAGAAAAGAUUUAGUCUCAUGUUGGUCUGUACUGUUAAAGCAACAAGUGGACGACACAUAUUGCUGUAUCGAAUACAUUGAAAAUCAUUUAGAGUUGCUUGACUUCCUUGUUGUCUGCUAUGAUAACAAAGAUGCUGCCUUGACUUGUGGGACUAUGUUGAGGGAAUGCAUCAAAUUUCAAACACUUGCAAAAUACAUAUUGGAGUCUACCAGCUUUGAGUUGUUCUUCAAGUAUAUAGAACUCCCCAACUUUGAUGUUGCUUCAGAUGCAUUUGCCACAUUCAAGGAUCUGCUUACGAAACACAGUAAAGAAGUUGCUGAAUAUCUGACAUCUCAUUAUAAUGAGUUCUUUGAAAUGUAUGAAAAGCUUUUGACAUCCACAAACUAUGUGACUAGAAGACAAUCACUAAAGCUCCUUUCAGAUUUUCUUUUAGAGCCGCCAAAUUCGCACAUAAUGAAGCAGUAUAUUCUAGAAAUACGUUACCUGAAAGUUAUCAUGACUUUAUUGAAGGAUUCGAGCAAAAAUAUCCAGCUUUCUGCUUUUCACAUUUUCAAGGUAUUUGUCGCAAACCCUAACAAGACGCACGAUAUCAAAAUCAUCUUGGCGAAAAAUUGUGAGAAGUUGUUGGAUCUUUUACGCAGUCUUUCUGUUGGAAAAGGUUCAGAGGACGAACAAUUUGAAGAGGAAAAGGAGAUGAUCAUGAAGGAAAUUGAGAGAGUAUCACGUUUCAUUAAUCGUGAGCGUUGUUAGUUGGUUAUGAACUUUGAUUGUGUCUUCCCCAAAUUCCCAUACCUACUCGCCUGAAAGGCUAGUACUUGUUCAGCGUCAAUCCAAUCCAAUCCAAUGUGCUGUGCUAUGAGAAUGCCGAGUGAUUAGCUAAAAGAAAAUAAGUGAUUAAUGAAAAGAAAAUCUUCAUAAGUAGAGGGUAUUUAAUUUGAAAAGCUGUUCAUAGCUGUUGUAUUAGAAAAAAAAAUUACAGUACAUGUAAUUUUUGGUGAUCUCUAAGUUUUGAGUUAUUUACUCUUUAUCUGUCAGAAAUAAACAAAUUUGUACUGGUUAACUGCGUGAAGCAAAGGAUUUAUGAUUAUAAAUGCUUCUGAUUAUCUUACUUACAU